UACUCUAUGGUUACAGGAGACAGAAUGGAUUUAAGUAUUAAACAUUCGACCAGCUUGAGCUCACCUUUCAAAGAUAACAAUUCUUUGCUAUUGCACCCGUGGAGUGUGGUGGACAUCUUAGCCCGUUGGCUGUGUUGUUUCUUAUUGUUCUAACUCCUUAAAUUUGAUUUUUUUCACCAAUUCAGUAACCGAACAUAAUAUUUUUUAUUUACACGAUAUCAAGUUAAAUCAUUGUCUUCGAAUACAAUUAUUCACGCAUUUUGUCAAUUAGAUUUAUGCACAUCGAUUCUGACGUUUAGUUAUUUAUUGAUUAUAUAAUUACAUAAUGGCAGUAUCGGCAGCUGCUGCGUUACUCGAUGAACUUAUGGGGAGAAAUCGGAACGAUGGUCCCAAUGCUCAGAAGAAACCUGUACAUUGGGAAGAUCCUGAGUUUUGUAAAUACUUUAUGGUUAAAUUUUGUCCUCACGAUCUGUUUGUCAAUACCCGUGCUGAUCUUGGAGCUUGUCCGAAAGUUCACUGUGAAGAAGCUAAAACACAAUAUAAUGAAGCUAGUAGCCGUUCUAAAAUGCAAUAUGAAGAUGAAUUUGUGGCAUUUGCUACUAGUUUAUUAAAUGAUGUUGAUCGUCGCAUCGAAAAAGGGAAACAAAGGUUGGAGCUUAUGAAUAAAGCUGAAACGCCGGUGUCCCAUUCUAAUAGUCAAAGUCAGAAAAACCAAGAGCAAAUUAAAUUAUUGUCUGAAAAAAUUAAUGGGUUAGUGCAAGAAGCUGAACAAAUGGGCAUACGAGGUCAUGUUGAAGAAGCUCAGGGACUUAUGAAACUUUGCGAUCAAUUAAAAGAAGAACGUGAUACUUUGAGAAAGCAAAAUGAAAGCAUUCAUUGGUCACAAACUUACGAACUAGCUGCUGCUCAAGAAAAACAAAUGGAAGUAUGUGAAGUUUGUGGAGCUUUUUUAAUUGUUGGUGAUGCUCAGUCCCGUAUCGAUGAUCAUUUAAUGGGAAAACAACAUAUGGGUUAUGCUCGUUUAAAAAAUGCAGUGAAUGAAAUACAAGAGCAAAGGAAAAAAUAUGUAGAGGAAAGAGAAAGACAACGUGAAGAAGAAAGAAAAAAACGCAUGGAUCGUACUAGAAGUAACUCUAAAGACAUAGAUAGACAUAGUCGUGAUACUAAUAAUGACAAGAUAUCUAAAAGGUCCAGAGACAGGUCCCAUCAUAGAACUGAUAGAAAAUCUGACAGACAUGAAAGAGAUAGACGUAGAAGUAGAAGCCGUAGUGAUCGUCGUUCUUCAAAUAGUCAUAGGCAUAGAGGGCACAAUGGCAACAGCCGUAGAGAUCACUAAAAUUUUGUUCAUGUCAUGACGUUACAUUCAUUAAUUCAGGUAAACAUUCUCUAUUUUAUUGUGUUAAAUAUUAUUUAGAAUUGAUUUUUAAAAACACAAUGCUAUUGAUGAGGUAUGUAGUUUAAAAUGACAACGGGGUUAAGCCUAUAAUAAUUAUAUUAAUUCUAAAAUAAAAACAAAAGAAAAAUCAUCCAUAAAAAAAUAUUUGAAUGAAAACAAAAUCCUGUUACAACUAUUGUGUAAAUUAUCACAUAGCAGAAGAAAACGGUCAUAAUGGGCGCUUUAUUUCAAAAAAGUGCUUAUUCAUCAUUUGAAAGUCAGCAGAUCUUCAAAAAUUACAUGUGACUUUUCGUCAGGUAUUUAUAUUAAACGAGGUAUUUAUAAAAAAUAAAAUAUCUGAAGUUAAUAAGUACAAUGAAUUGUUUUAAUAUUUUUACAUAUAUAGAAAAACUUAUUUAGGGGAAGUUUCUAUGUUAUUACAUUGACAUUUUUUAAUAUUAAAUUAUUUUGUUUUAUGGCAGAUCUCACAAUAUAAAUUGGUAUAC